GUGAUUUAUUGGCUUUUCUGUGAGGGAUAUAGUAGCUUCAUAGUAGCAAACACAACAUUUUCCAACUCUUCCAUUAUAAGCUAGUAAAGCAGAGUUAAAAUCCAGAAUUUAUCAAUUGGUUUUAGAGGUAUUAUGUAGCUGUAGCACUUUUGGGACUUCUUUGGGCCAAGAGCCCACAAAUUGAUGCUUUUAGGCAUUAGUCUGCUAUUGGCUUUCUACCUAAACAGUUGCCUCACUAAGUAAAAAUGGGAAAUAGUAGUUUUGAUGGCACCACUCUGCUGUGCGGAAUCUGCAGUGUGGUUUACAUCGUUUUUAUUACUUUCGCAAUACUCACCAUAGUCAUGUGCUGAGAAUAACUUGUAUCCUAUCCUAUUGUCUUCAAUGCCAAACCUAAUUUCGGAUAAUUUAAUUUUCAAUUG